UAAAACCUGUGCAUUUCUUGCAAAAAAGCUUUGUUCCGCUAAGUCCCCCUCAUCCUUCCUCUUCACUCUCUUGAAAACUCUUUAGGUUUUUCCAGCUGAGCGAUUCAGGCUGAUGCGGGCGCAACCGCACUAGAGGGGAAGUCAAGUCGUGUUGGACUGGCGCGAUAUCCUCGCACGGUUUACAACUAAAGGCAGACGUGACCCGCAAUUAAUCAUGCUCCUAAAUAAUGGAAUAUGCUGAUUGUAAAAGUUGACCUGGGAUUUCUAGUUGUCGGGUGUUUGAGAGGCAUGGCUUUCCUUUUAACUUGCUCAUUUCUGUUUUGUUACAGUGCGAGUAGUGUUUGGGGAAAUCAGCACAGUGAGACCAGUAUCUAUUUGGAUAACAUCACGCGCAUAUUGGAUAGAUUACUGGAUGGCUAUGACAACAGGCUGCGACCUGGAUUUGGAGGUCCUGUCACAGAGGUCAAAACUGACAUCUUUGUCACCAGCUUUGGACCUGUUUCAGAUGUGGAGAUGGAAUACACCAUGGAUGUGUUCUUUCGUCAGACUUGGAUUGAUGAACGAUUAAAAUUUGAGGGUCCAAUAGAGAUCCUGCGGCUCAACAACCUGAUGGUCAGCAAGAUAUGGACGCCUGACACCUUUUUCCGAAAUGGCAAGAGGUCGAUCUCUCACAACAUGACCACCCCCAACAAGCUGUUCCGCAUCAUGCAGAACGGAACUAUCCUUUACACCAUGAGAUUAACUAUAAAUGCCGAGUGCCCCAUGCGUCUGAUGAACUUCCCAAUGGAUGGUCAUGCCUGCCCACUCAAGUUUGGGAGUUAUGCAUAUCCAAUCAGUGAGAUUGUGUACACAUGGAAGAAGGGACCUUUGUCUUCUGUUGAAGUGCCACAGGAAUCGUCCAGCUUGCUGCAGUAUGACCUUAUUGGUCAGACAGUAUCAAGUGAGAGGCUGAAGUCCAACACAGGUGAAUAUGUUAUCAUGACCGUCCACUUCCACCUUCAAAGGAAAAUGGGUUUCUUCUUGAUUCAGACUUACAUUCCUUGUAUAAUGACUGUCAUCCUGGCUCAAGUUUCUUUUUGGAUUAAUAAAGAAUCAGUUCCAGCUCGGACUGUAUUUGGCAUCACGACUGUGUUGACCAUGACAACACUCAGCAUCAGUGCUCGCCACUCCCUCCCAAAAGUCUCCUAUGCCACAGCUAUGGAUUGGUUCAUAGCAGUUUGCUUUGCCUUCGUCUUCUCUGCCCUCAUUGAGUUUGCGGCUGUCAACUACUUCUCCACCCUUCAGGCCAACCGGGAGCUGCGGAAGGCAGCAGCCAUGAAGGUGGCGGCUCAGGAGGCAGCAGCUGCAGCCGCGGCUCCAUCUGCAGCCGCAGGGAAUGAUGCAGAGGUUUCCUCAGUGGAUGCCAGUAGUGUGCUGAAAAAGAGGAUGAACUCUGCUCCGCUGUUUGAGCGCCCUGCCAAAACAUUUCCCAACCCACCUGUCAAUGCCCAGGCUUUCCUACAGCAAGGUUCAGCAGUGCCAGCCAACAAUGUUCUGACUGGCACCAGCAUCAUUGACAAAUACUCACGCAUCCUCUUUCCCCUUUCGUUUGGCGCCUUCAACCUGGUUUACUGGAUCGUCUAUCUCACCAAGGACACCAUGGAAACGUCCAGGGAUACCAUCUAAGCCCAGCAUUUGUCUUCCAUACUGUAUAUUUACAAAUUAAAAUAGACGACAGACGCUUGCCAAGCACUCUUUUAUGCUGCCUCAGUGCAUUGUAUUUCUUUUUAAGUAGUCCCAUGGAAAGUGAGUGUUUUGAGAGCAGAUGUACCAGCUCCAAUUGCCAACUUGACCAGCGAUCUCAAAGCCAUGUGGGCCUCCAGCUCUGGAACCAUUUCAAACAGCUACCACCCUCAUGUAUUUAUUUCAUUUCCCCAAAGUUAGGGGGAAAAAGUUACGUUAGGACUUUUAUCUGUGUAUUUUGAAUCCUUUGCCUAGCUGAUGGGAUGAGACUUAACACAACCUAGGCUGCAGAGCCAGAAAUAGAUCCACAGCAUAGAGCGACUUUGUUGUAUGUAUUUAGUUAUUUAUUUAUUUUUGUCUGUGCAAUGUGCAUGCAUUUCCAGAAAAAUGAGUGAUUUUGCAUGUGUGUUUGAAGUGACACAUAGCAUUCCCUGAUACUUAGAACAUACUUGAGGGGAAGAGUGUACUCUGUGUCUUGACUGGAUCCAUUGUGACUGGCUGACUUGCAGGAAUGUUCUCAGUGCCAGCUCUUUCCACUUUUCUUUCUUUUUUUUCCCCUACAGUACACUAUUUUUUUGGUUUAUGGGCUUAAUUUCCCUCUGCUGAUGGAGUACAGAGGAUGUGAAGACAAAUCUUCAAACGGUUUCCACAGAUACUGAAGUUUGGUAGAACACUCAUUCUCACAUGCAAAUGCAGAUAAA